CGGGAUUGCAUUGGCCUCAGUCCAACGGACAAGCCAUUCCUGAUUCUUUAGAUCACCAGCAAGUCCCGUAAGUUCGGAUCUCCACUUCGGGGUCCCCAGAAGUCCGCUGGUCACAAAUCCGACGUCCGAAAUCUGGUGUUGUCUGAUCCCGGGCUCCUCCGGGGCCAGAUUGGGCGAAAGAUCGACCCCAUGCGUCCGCACUCCAGAGACUUUGAGUCCAUGCCAUUGCCCUUCCCGUAGCUAGCAUCACGGGAUCGAUCGGUUGUUUAUACCGUUUGUCCUAAGUGCUGAACGACCUUUGAAGUUAUUCCUGUCGACCCUACACACCAUGGAAUGGAAGAGGCUCAUCAGAUUUGUCGACGAGGCGGGCGAUAUCACCUAUGGUGAUGCAUGCAUCCAAGACGAGGAUGACGUGGAAUCUCUAGUCUCGCAAGGCAAACUGUACGCUUCUCGCUUUGAGGGUGAUGAUCCCUUUGCACUUCAUCGUACGACUGAGCAGGUCAGAGUGGCCCGUUUGCUCGGCGUGCUGGACCGGAAACACGUGAAGGUUUUCAAAUGUAUAGGUCUGAACUAUACAAAACAUAGGAGACCGGCCGUAAGCCACCGCCAUAUCCGUCUAUGUUUAUGAAGGCUGCUACUGCAAUCGCUGCCUUUGAUGAUGAUAUCAUGGUCCCGGCGAUAGCCCAGGGAAAGAAUCUUGACUAUGAGGGUGAAUUAUCCAUCGUUAUUGGCAAAACUGGGAAGAACAUUCCACGAAAAGAGGCACUUUCUUAUGUCGCGGGCUACCUGGCAUCGAACGACGUGUCUGCCCGGACGUGGCAGCGUGACCCUGAAUACAGCGGUGUUGUGCCUCAGUGGUCUUACGCAAAGUCAUUCGACACUUUUGCACCGCUCGGACCUAUGCUGGUAUCGCCUGCCGUCGCAGGGGCGGCUGACAAUUUGAGACUACAGACUUUAGUCAACGGUGAAAUCAGGCAGGACACGAAUACCAACGACCUAUUAUUCGAUGUUGCCUAUAUCAUUAGUUUCUUGAGCCAAGGAUCAACCCUAGAGAGAGGGACUGUCAUCAUGACAGGGACUCCAGAUGGAGUGGUUCUGGGCAUGCCAGAUCCCAAGCCAUGGUUGAAGGAUGGUGAUGUUGUUGAAGUGAAAAUUCAGCACAUGGGAAGCUGUGUCAAUAGAAUCGUCUACGAUCAGGCGAAAUCUACAUUGUGAAGUCUGUAGCAGCAGGGCUGGCUGAUAUAGCAGGAAUUUCCUCAGUUCUGUGUCCUACAGUACAUGAUGUGAAACGCCUAAAACUGAAGCGCAUCUUACAAGUUACGAUAUGAAUGAAGCCAAG